AUGUCUACUGCUGAGCUGGCAACGUCGUACGCGGCGCUCAUCCUCGCUGAUGAUGGCGUCGAGAUCACUGCCGACAAGAUCACCACUCUCCUGAAGGCCGCUGCCAUCGAGGAGGUUGAGCCUAUCUGGGCCCAGCUAUUCGCCAAGGCUCUCGAGGGCAAGGACGUGAAGGACCUUCUGUCGAACGUCGGCUCUGGCGGCGGUGCUGCUGCCGCUGCCGGUGGUGCCCCCGCUGCUGGCGGUGCUGGUGCUGCUGAGGAGGCCGCUGAGGAGGCAAAGGAGGAGGAGAAGGAGGAGUCCGACGAGGAUAUGGGUUUCGGUCUUUUCGACUAA